UAUAAAAAAGAUGUUUUGAGGAUUUUUUUUUUUAGUAGUUUCUGGGAGGGAAUGUGACUCUUUCUCUUUAAAAAGCAAGGCCAGCGGCUUCCCGGACAGCCCUGUUGCUAAGCUGAGUCUGUUUGUGGCUGGCUCUUGUCUGUAGUCCCAGAGCGGUUGCAUAAGAAAACCCAGGUAUCUCCUAAAAGAUUAAGCAGUGUAUGAAGACCAGUUCUGCCUGGUCUGUAAGCAUUCCCUGAGGUAAAAGAGCCUUAACACGCCCAGUACAAGGAAUGAUGGAGAAACCAAGGAUGAUUUGUAUUUGGUAAACCUGAGAUGCCAGGCAAGCCCAAUGCUGAAAGAAGAGAAAGGGACUGGACAUGUCUCCGUGAUCUGAAGCUCUGUGAAUCUGCUCUGUGAUCAGCAGACUUUAUGGACUACGGGUGGGUUAUUUAUGAAAGGGAAAAAAAAACAUGCAACAGCCAGGUGCCAGCUGCUGACUAGAUGGACCGCAGUGAGGAAUCCCGGAUGAUAAUCAUGGAGGACUUCCUGGACGAGGACCCUGCCCAGGUGGAAAGGCUGAGGAGCACCCUGACAGCCCGCAGGCACAGAAGGAAAAAGCCGCUGCACGAGGCUGCCGCCGCCCCCGAGCCGCCGCCGCCGCCGGAACGCAGCCGAACCAGCAUGGCGGCCGCCCCGCCGGGGGCGGCUCCUCCGGCGCCGCGCGGCUUGCCACCUGUUCCUUCUGCAUCAAGGACAAGCUUUGCAGAAUUUUCCGUUAGAGAACGAAUGAGAGAGAAACUGAAAGCUGCAAGGUCAAAAGCAGAAAAUACUUCAUUGCAAGAAGGCCCCAGUCCACGACCAAGGCGUUUGAAAAGCAUUAGAGAGAGAAAAACAGAAGUCGGACUGAAUAAAGAGUCUGAUAAAGAUGAAUUUGGGGAAAUGCAAGAGGCUGAAUCUCAUACAUCAUCAAAAGUAAAGUUUCGUGAUUCUACCAAAAGAAAUAAACAAAAGCCACUGGUUCAGAAUGAUUUUCCUUCUGCUGAAGAAGCAUAUAGGUUUUUUACUUUUGAUUAUGAUUCUGAAGCAAAGAAAACAAAGGCUGGAAUUAGGAAAAGGAAUGAAUUAAAUUAUGAAGGAGAGGAGGCAGAAGAAGGUGAUGUAGAAGCCCAUGAGGAAGGACAAGAGGAAGAUGAAACAGAUGAAGAUGUACAGCUUGUUAAAGAUGAUGAUUUAUUCGUCUUAGGGCAGACAGCCGAAGAUUUGCUGGUAGUGAAACCUGCUGAGUAUGAAAGCUACUCUGAGCAACUGCGAAAGGAAAAAGAAUUUCUCUUCAUUCCCAGCAUGCAAGCAGUGCCUGCUUCUCAGAAGAUGCCUGGAAACAGGCAGCCUAGGUUCCUUGAGGAUGAGGGUCUUUACACAGGAGAAAGGCCCUUUGUAUCACCAUCCAAUCUAAAUAUUUUAGAAAACAGAAUACUCAGGCAAGAGCAAGGGAAAGAGUGGUUUGGUGAUGAUGGAAAGAUCUUAGCAUUGCCCAAUCCAAUUAAACAGUCACUUACCAGGCCUCCCAUAUUCUCAUUGGAAGAAGACAUUGAACCAGAACUUGAAACAUUGUAUAGAAAGGCAAUAAAAGUGACAGCUACCAAUCAGUAUCUUGUUGAACCUGGAGAUUUUCAGGGACCAUUUCAGUUGGAUAUUGAUAUUUCUGGAUUAAUAUUUACUCAUCAUCCAUGUUUUAGCCGUGAACAUGUGUUAGCAGCAAAACUGGCUCAGUUAUAUGAUCAAUAUCUAGCGAGAAAACAGAAGAAUCUUACCAUGCUUCUUACAGACAAGCUUCAUGCUUUGAGGAAUGCUGUGCAACAUAGUAUAGAUGGUGGUGAUGCUGCUGUUUCUAAACCUGUAGCACAACAGAGCAUAGCUGAAUACAAAAUUGAAAUCAGGCAAACAAGAAGACUUCGUGAUGCUGAACAAGAGAAAGAUAGAACAUUGCUUAAGACCAUUAUAAAAGUUUGGAAAGAAAUGAAAUCCCUCCGUGACUUUCAGAAGUUUACUAACACAUCAAUGAAACUUUAUCUGAGAAAGGAAGAGGUUGAUCAGAGAUUAGAUGAAAAAGCAUAUGAAGCAGAAAUUCAGGAUGAGAUAAAUGAAUUAUUAGAAGAACAUAGGGAAGAAUAUGAAAAGAAAAUGGAGGAAUAUAAAACUGAGCUACAAGAGUGGAAAUCUUGGAAGAAAGCACAGAAGUCCAAGAAGAAAAAGAAGAAAAAAGAUCUUCAAGAAGAAGAAGAAUCAGUAGAUGAUUGUGAUCUUGGUGAGGAACCAGUAAAACCUAUCCCACCAAAAAUGGUUGAUAGCCUGGAAAUAGAGCAACAAGUCAGAGAAAAAACUGACAACAUCAGAAGGAAACCUGGAGAGCCUAUUUUAGUUCCUGAGUUAGUCCUGUCAGGAAGCAUAACACCAAGUGAGCUUUGUCCUCGGGCAGAGGUUUUGCGACGAGAAGAUGUGAAGAAACGCUCAUCAUUUAUAAAAGUCCUUUUCAAUUCCAAAGAAGUAUCAAGGACUGUUACCCGACCAAUAAGUUCAGACUUCAGAGUUCACUUUGGACAGAUUUUCAGUUUACAAAUAUUCAAUUGGCCAGAGAGUUUGAAGCUGCAGAUAUAUGAAACAGUGGGCAUCAGCAGCACUACCUUAUUGGCUGAAGUAUUCAUACCUAUCCCUGAGACUACAGUUCUGACAGGCAGUGCUCCUAUUGAAGAAAUAGAAUUUAGCAGCAAUCAGCGUGUGAUGUUGGACCACGAAGGAGUUGGGAGUGGUGUGCCAUUUUCCUUUGAAGCUGAUGGUAGCAACAAAAUGACUUUAAUGACCUCUGGGAAAAUAUCCAAUAGUGUCUCUUGGGCAGUUGGAGAAAAAGGAGUCCCCUUAGUUCCUCCAGUUUCUCAGCAAAACACAGGAAUUGCAAGCACUUUAAAAAAUAUUGAUGCUAUUGCAUGCAUUGGCACAUCAGGCUUAACUGACAUGAAGAAACUAGCUAAGUGGGCAGCGGAAACAAAACUUGAUCCGAACGACCCAAGCAAUGCAGCUCUGAUGCAGAUGAUCACGGUUGCCACUAGUGGAGAGGCACAUGUUCCUGAUUACUUCAGACUGGAACAGUUGCAGCAAGAAUUUAAUUUUGUUUCUGAUGAGGAAUUCAAUAGAUCAAAGAGAUUCCGACUCUUGCAGCUCAGAAAUGCAGAGGUGGCAGAGUUCCGAAACUAUAAGCAAGUCCCUUUGCAUGAACGAGAAAUCAGUGAGAAACUCUUCCAGGUAGAAUGCUAUCUGAAAUUAUUUGAAGACUAUGAGAAGAGACUACGUGAGAGGGAUGUGAUUGACAGCAAACAUUACCUAGAUGCGCGCAGAGCGAUUGUUGCCAACUAUCUACAGAAGGUUCGAGAAUCGAUAAUAAACCGUUUUCUAGUAGCAAAACGCCAUUUCCUUCUCUCUGACCUUGUCAAUGAAGAGGAGAUUCCCAGCUUGGGUAUUUUGGGACUCAGCAUUUUCAAACUGGCAGAGCCAAAACGACCACUAAAGCCAAGAAGAAAAGAGAGGAAGAAGGUUACAGCACAGAAUUUAUCAGAUGGAGACAUAAAACUGUUAGUGAACAUCAUUAGAGCUUAUGAUAUUCCAGUGAGAAAACCAGUGAGCAAACUUCAGCAACCAUCUAGACAUUCAAGGUCCUUCAAUGAAAUGUUUGCAGCCUCUCCUUCAGCUCAGAGCCCAGGCGAGAACAUAGAUUGGGUUUUCAACCAGAUUUUAGUCCGUCCUUUUGUAGAAGUUUCUUUUCAGCGAACUGUCUGCCGGACCACAACAGCAGAGGGUCCAAAUCCUAACUGGAAUGAGGAACUUGAGCUUCCAUUUAGAGCUCCUAAUGGUGACUACAGCACCCAUAGUUUGCAGUCGGUGAAGGAUGAAGUGUUCAUUAAUCUUUUUGAUGAAGUACUUUAUGAUGUUGGAGAGGAUGAUCGUGAAAGAGGAAGUGGAAUCCACACUCACGUUGAGAGACACUGGCUGGGAUGUGUUAAGAUUCCAUUUACUACCAUGUAUUUUCAAGCAAGGAUUGAUGGUACAUUCAAGGUGGAUAUUCCUCCAGUCCUCCUUGGCUACAGCAAAGAAAAGAACCUGGGAAAUGACCGAGGUUACGAUACUGUGCGAAACGUUGGCGAAGGCUCCUAUAUAACACUGUUUAUUACCAUUGAGCCACAGCUCGUUCCUGGAGAGUCAGUCAGAGAAAAGUUUGAUACCCAAGAAGACGAGAGGUUGCUCCAAGCAGCAGGAAAGUAUGAAGCUGAAUGUACAGCAAAGUUUCCAAGCCGCCACUGCCUAACAACUGUAAUUGACCUCAGUGGGAAAUCAGUUUUCAUUACCAGAUAUAUCAAACCUCUGAAUCCACCACAGGAGCUUCUUGAUGCCCACCCAAAUAGUUCUCAAACAACAGCAGAAUUAGUGGCCCGAUAUGUUGCUUUGAUUCCUUUUCUGCCAGAUAGUGUGUCAUUUGCUGGAAUUUGUGAUCUGUGGAGUACAUCAGAUCAAUUUCUUGAUCUUCUGUCGGGAGACGAGGAAGAACAUGCUGUGCUCUUGUGUAAUUAUUUUCUUGGUAUGGGGAAAAAGGCCUGGCUUAUAAUUGGAAAUGCUAUUCCAGAGGGAGCAACUGCAUAUGUAUUAACUUUGGAGCAAAAUCAAUACGUAAUUUGGAAUCCCAGUACUGGAUGUUUUUAUGGGCAGUUUGAUACUUUCUGCCCUUUACAAAAUGUGUACUGCCUGAUCAGCUGUGAUAACAUCUGGUUUAAUAUUCAAGAGCAUGAUUCUCCAGUAAGGAUAAAUUUUGAUAUCAGCAAACCAAAGCUAUGGAAGUCUUUCUUUUCAAGAAGCUUACCAUACCCUGGCCUCUGCAGUGUUCAGCCUGAAGAAUUAAUUUAUCACCCUUCAGACAAGGCAGCUGUGGUGGAACUACAGGGCAGAAUUGAAAAAAUAUUGAAAGAAAAGAUUAUGGAAUGGAGACCAAGGCAUCUAACUCGUUGGAACAGAUACUGUACCUCUACCCUACGUCACUUUCUGCCUCUGCUGGAACAGAACCAAGGCAAAGAUGUAGAAGAUGACCAUCAGGCAGAAUUGCAAAAACAGCUAGGAGAUUACAGGGUCUCUGGAUUUCCUAUUCAUAUGCCAUUCUCUGAAGUUGGGCCUUUAGUAGAAGCUGUGCACAGCACUGGAGUUCAUACUAUUGAUGUUUCAAAUGUUGAAUUUGCUCUAGCUGUGUAUGUUCAUGCUUAUCCCCAAAAUGUUCUCUCUGUCUGGAUUUACGUUGCUUCACUUGUACGAAAUCGGUAGUAUAGACUAGUCAGAGUACCUCUCAGGAAACUGGCGUGUGUAGGGGUAAAUACAACAAGUUUCUCACACUACUGAUUUGAGUUACACCCUAUACUUCAAAAUCUAGUGAGAAUGUGGGGCAUCACAUUCUAAAAAGCAUUACAUGCUCACAUAUAGUAACACAUAGUGUCAGUUGUUAGAGUAACAUUGCAGAGCAAGGUAGUAGAAAUUGGCUGCCUCAUUUUUCAGGUGAAACUUUAUUCCUGGAAUAAUGCCUUGAAGAUCGAAUUUUUUUAGCUAUUCCAUGUAGGUGACUGUAUCUACGGACCUUCUUCUCUUUAAAAGACACUAUCAUUCAGCUAUAAUACAGAUAAUUACUGAAUGCUUAAGGAAAGGCCAGGACUAUUUACUCAUGACUACGCUUCAUGCACCAAAGAGCCAUCCGUAAGAUCAGACUUCCAUUUUUUUAAGGAAGGUCUGUCUUCUGCUGUUUUAUACUCAGUGGCUGUCUAAUAGCAGCACCAUAUAGAGGUAGUAAGAUGACAUUUUCUGAAGUUUAUAAUAAAAUACUUCUAUUAAAAUCUAAGUGAAAACACUCUCAUUUGUUUAAUGUGGAAUGCGAAAUCUUUAGGUGCAAAUUACCAUAAGGGAUUAUCAUAAAGUGGUUUACUUAAAAAAAAAAAAAAAAAAAAAAAAAAAAGUAGUGAUGGUGAUGAUAACUUACUUAAUCAUGUAUACAUACAUACUUUCUGCUUUAAGUUGCUUUGCUAUUUAAACUAAACAGUGAUGGUGAGCUGAACUUGGGGAAGAUGAUACAUUCUGAUGAGUACCAAGCACUGAGAAAUUUAGGGCAGGGUGGAUGGAAACUGUCUGCCUUCUGCAAAGGCUGCCAGUUCUCUCUGCCUGGGAGAAAACCAGCCUACAACCAUGCACGUAAAUAAGGGGCCAUUACAGUUUCCAGCAUAACAUGGGUCACUGUCCUCUUGCAACAGGCUCCUCCCCAUACCACCCACCUGCUAUCACUCACCUCUCUUCCUAGCACAGGUUUCAUUCAACUCCACUGUUCAAAGAAGGGGUCCACUUAAAUCAGUGAUGGGGAAAAUGUAUAGUUGUCAUUUCUGUGAAUUAACCAUUCCCAAAAAAAAGCAGAUACAUCACUUGGAAUCUGGAAAUUCAUCGUAACAUGGAACAUGCAUCAAGUUGGACAAGGACAUCCUAAAACAAAUUACUCUGUCCAUUACACAGAGUAAGUCAGUCCACUGAGUCAUACCCUGUACUAUGUAAUUACAGUGGUGGCAAAGAACAGCUUUUCAUUGAAAGCAUCUGAAGUACAUUUAAGGAAAGGUAAGGUUUUCCUCCUCUAAUUUUUACUCUGAAUACAAAGGAAAAUUCAAAGAAGGGACAGGAAGUGAAUUACUCAACCAAUGCAAAAAGUCAGCAGCACAGAUGUGGACAGCACACACCCAGGCAGCAGGAGCAGGUUGCAGCGAUACCUUUAGAAUUUUACCUGACAUUUGCAUAUCCCUAUCUUUCCAAGCCCAUAUUUAAAAUGUGACAUAAAUAAAGGAAAGCAACUUUAAUUCA